UCUUAUGGUAUUUAUUUAUACCUAAAAUGUCGAAACAUUGUAUGUGCGGAGGAAACUUUUCGGUCCGGAAAUCGUUAGUGGUAUCGAAAUUUAAACCAUAGAUGAAUGCAGUUUUAGUCUAUCAAGAGUAAUAGGCGAUCGCAUUGCUAUUCAGUGUGUUUCUUAACAAGAAACUUAUGAUGAACUCAUUACUUAGACUCUUAGCUAUGUGUGUUCGAUGAAGUUUCUCGAUAUGUGGAACAGAAGAGCUGUGAAUAGAUACGGAGUUCUUUCAAUAGGGCAUACACUUACUUUCGAAUUUGAAUAUGCAGAGUACGCCGGUGAAUAUCAUUGUAGGCUCGCAUGUUUGGGUUGAAGACCCAGACGUUGCUUGGGUUGAUGGUCAAGUUACAAAGAUAACUGGACAAGAUGUCGAAGUGCAAACAUCUAAAGGGAACAAGGUUGUUGCUAAGUUAGCAAAUAUAUACCCGAAAGACGAAGAUGCACCCCCCGGUGGAGUUGAUGACAUGACUAAAUUAUCUUAUUUGCACGAGCCUGGAGUCUUACAGAACUUGGCAUCAAGAUACCAGCUCAAUGAAAUAUACACUUAUACUGGAGGCAUUCUUAUUGCAAUCAAUCCAUUUCAAAGGCUCCCUCAUAUAUACGAUGCGCACAUGAUGGAGCAAUACAAAGGAGCACCAUUUGGAGAACUGAGUCCUCACGUGUUUGCUAUUGCGGAUAUGGCUUAUAGGGCUAUGAUAAACGAAGGAAAAAGUAACUCGAUAUUGGUUAGUGGAGAAAGUGGUGCGGGUAAGACAGAAACUACUAAGAUGCUUAUGAGGUACCUUGCCUAUUUGGGUGGCCGUAAACAAACUGAAGGGCGAACAGUGGAACAACAAGUUCUUGAGUCAAAUCCAGUACUUGAAGCAUUCGGAAAUGCAAAAACUGUUAGAAAUAACAAUUCUAGUCGAUUUGGUAAAUUCGUCGAAAUUCAGUUCGAUAAGCACGGGAGAAUAUCAGGGGCAGCCAUUAGAACAUAUCUUCUCGAGAGAUCUCGCGUCUGCCAAGUUUCAGACCCUGAACGCAAUUAUCACUGUUUCUACCUUCUAUGUGCAGCACCACAGGAGGAAGUUGAGAAGUAUAAGCUGGGAGAUCCAAGAACAUUUCAUUAUCUCAAUCAAUCGAAUUGUAUUGAACUCAAUGGCAUAAGCGAUGCUCAGGAUUAUUUGGCUACAAGGAGGGCCAUGGACAUUGUCGGAAUAAGUCAAAAAGAGCAGGAUGCAAUUUUCAGAGUAGUGGCCUCUGUUCUCCAUCUUGGUAACGUCGAAUUUGCCAAGGGAAAGGAAAUCGACUCAUCGGUUCUCAAGAAUGAUAAAUCGAAAUUCCAUCUUAAGACAGUAGCAGAGCUUCUCAUGUGCGAUCUUACUGCACUGGAAGAUGCAUUACUGAAGCGUGUGAUGGUCACUCCAGAAGAAGUUAUUAAGAGAAGUCUUGAUCCUGAUGGUGCAACAGUUAGUCGGGAUGGGUUGGCUAAGACAAUAUAUUCUCGCUUGUUUGAUUGGUUGGUGGACAAGAUAAACAACUCGAUUGGGCAAGAUCCAAAUUCAAAAUGUCUAAUUGGUGUUCUUGAUAUUUAUGGUUUCGAAAGUUUUAAAACCAACAGUUUUGAACAGUUCUGCAUUAAUUUCACGAAUGAAAAGCUACAGCAGCAUUUUAAUCAGCACGUUUUUAAGAUGGAGCAGGAGGAAUACACAAGGGAAGAGAUUGACUGGAGCUACAUUGAAUUUGUUGACAACAAAGAUGUCCUCGAUCUUAUUGAAAAGAAACCUGGAGGGAUCAUUGCUCUUCUUGAUGAGGCCUGUAUGUUUCCAAAGUCGACACACGAAACAUUUUCACAAAAGCUCUAUCAGACAUUUAAAGCACACAAACGUUUCAUCAAACCAAAACUGUCGCGUACAGAUUUCACCAUUGCUCAUUAUGCUGGAGAGGUUCAAUACCAAUCGGAUCAGUUUUUGGAUAAAAACAAAGAUUAUGUUGUUCCCGAACAUCAAGAUUUGCUUAAUUCUUCCAAAUGCUCGUUUGUAGCAGGAUUGUUUCCUCCAUUACCUGAAGAGACAAACAAAUCUUCGAACAAGUCGUCUAAGUUUUCAUCAAUAGGGUCUCGAUUCAAGAUACAACUCCAACAAUUGAUGGAGACACUGAAUUCCACAGAGCCUCACUACAUUAGAUGUGUGAAGCCGAAUAAUCUUCUCAAGCCUGCGAUUUUCGAGAAUGUUAAUAUCAUGCAGCAGCUACGUUGUGGUGGUGUUUUAGAGGCAAUUAGAAUCAGCUGUGCUGGUUACCCUACUCGUAAGACGUUUUAUGAAUUUCUUCAUCGGUUUAGUCUUCUUUCUCCAGAGGUCUUGGAAGGAAAUAUCGACGAAAAAGUUGCUUGCAAGAAAAUUCUGGAGAAGAUGGGCCUUGCCGGGGCUCAGACAGGAAAGACAAAGGUGUUUCUGAGAGCUGGUCAGAUGGCUGAUUUAGAUGCCCGAAGAGCACUUAUACUUAGCACUGCAGCAAAGACAAUACAAAGGAAGAUUAGAACUCAUAUUGCUCGUAAACACUUUCUUGCUUUGCAGAAGGCAGCAGUUUGUAUGCAAUCUGCGUGUAGAGGAAGGCUUGCAUGCAAACAGUACGAUAAUUUGAAAAGGGAGGCAGCUUCUCUUAAAAUUCAGACAAAUUUGAGACGGCAUUUGACCAGGAAGAAGUACUCUACACUCAAACACUCGGUUGUUAUUCUGCAAACGGGGAUGCGGGCAAUGGCUGCCCAUGGUGAGUUCAGAUAUAGGAAGCGAACUAAAGCAGCAAUUGCCAUACAGGCAAGCUGGCGCGGUCACAGAGACUUUUCAUACUUCAAGAGACUCAUUAGGGCGUCCAUUGUGACACAAUGCAGAUGGAGGGGAAAGGUGGCUAAGAAAGAGCUUCGGAAACUGAAAAUGGCAUCGAGAGAAACUGGUGCACUUAAAGAAGCAAAAGAUAAGCUUGAAAAGCAGGUGGAAGACCUUACUCUGCGUUUACAGCUGGAAAAACGUCGGAGGAGUGACUUGGAAGAGGCGAAGGGACAGGAUAUGGUGAAGUUGCAGCAGUCUUUGGAAGCAAUGCAAAAGAAAGUGGAAGAAACAAAUGCGCUGCUUCUUAAAGAACGUGAGGCUGCUCAGAAAGCAAUUGAAGAAGCCUCUUCGAUUGUCCAAGAAACACCGGUUCCUGUUGAAGAUACAGCAAAGAUCGAGGCUCUUGCUGAAGAACUUGAAAAAAUUAAGGUAAUGCUAGAUAUUUUGCAAUCCGAGAAACAACGAGCGGAUGAUGCUGAAAGGAAAUGUGCUGAGGCCCUGGAAUUAAGUAAGGCGAAGAAUGAGAAGUUAGAAGAAACCGAGAGUAAAAUUCAUCAAUUUCAGGAAUCUUUGAGCAGGCUUGAAGAGAAGCUGACUAACGCAGAAUCAGAAAAUAAAGUUCUUCGGCAGCAAGCACUGGCCAUGGCACAGAACAAUAAAUUGCUAUCAAGAAGUUCGAGGUCAAUUAUGCAGGUGAACUUAAACAAAAAAAAGAUAUUCAUCAAUAUUCUGGCAGAUAUAUUGUAUUCGGCGCUAAUUUACGAUUUCCAUAGUACUUCGAUGAACAUGAGGGAAUCAGAGCUGGAUGAUAGGCCUCAAAAAUCGCUCAACGAUAAGCAGCAAGAAUAUCAAGAUUUGCUGAUCCGUUGUGUAGCUCAGCAUUUGGGAUUCUCGAGAGGCAGACCGGUGGCCGCAUGCAUUAUCUACAAAUGUCUUAGGCAAUGGCACUCGUUCGAGGUUGAGCGGACAAGCAUUUUUGACCGGAUAAUUCAGACAAUAGGCAACGCUAUCGAGACUCAGGACAAUAAUGAUAUAUUGGCUUAUUGGCUGUCGAAUGCAUCGACUUUAUUGUUGCUUCUUCAACGCACACUGAAAGCUGGAGGAGCUGCUGGAGCGGCCCCGCAGCAUCGAAGAUCUCCAUCGGCCACUCUAUUUGGGAGAAUGACACAGAGUUUUCGCAGUACACCACAGGGGGUUAAUCUUUCUGUACUAAAUGAUGAUUCUGCUGGUAGCUUACUCCAAGUAGAUGCAAAGUACCCUGCCUUACUGUUCAAACAGCAGCUCACUGCUUAUGUCGAGAAAAUUUAUGGGAUGAUUCGUGACAAUUUGAAGAAGGAGAUUUCUCCACAGCUCGGACUCUGCAUACAGGCUCCAAGAAUAUCGAGAGCAAACUUAAUGAAAGGAACAGCCCGAACGCUAGCCAAUGCUGCGGCACAGGAGAUUUUAAUUGCACACUGGCAAGGGAUUGUUAAGAGCCUCGGGAAUUUUUUGAAUACCCUAAAAACAAAUCAUGUACCUCCCUUUUUAGUUCGGAAAGUUUUCACUCAGAUAUUUUCCUUCAUCAAUGUGCAGCUAUUCAACAGUCUUUUAUUGAGACGAGAAUGCUGUUCGUUUAGUAAUGGUGAAUAUGUCAAGGCUGGAUUGGCUGAGCUAGAGCAUUGGUGUUACAAGGCAACUGAUGAGUAUGCAGGUACAGCUUGGGAUGAGCUCAAGCAUAUAAGACAGGCUAUUGGAUUCCUGGUCAUACAUCAGAAGCCGAAGAAGACUCUGGACGAAAUAAGUCAUGAUUUGUGCCCCGUCCUCAGCAUUCAACAGCUGUACAGAAUCAGCACCAUGUACUGGGAUGACAAAUACGGCACGCAUAGCCUAUCUCAAGACGUAAUAUCGAAUAUGAGAGUAUUGAUGACCGAGGAUUCAAAUAACGCUGUCAGUAGUUCUUUCCUGCUCGACGACGAUUCAAGCAUACCGUUUUCGGUCGAUGAUCUUUCGAAAUCGAUGGACCGGUUCGAUAUUUCAGACAUUGAACCACCGCCACUUAUUCGAGAAAAUUCGGGAUUCAGCUUUUUACUGCCGCAACCUAACUAAGGAACACCAUAAAUAAUUCUCUAGCAAUUUGAAUGUGUUAAUACACUUGGAUUAUUCAAGAUUUUGAUCCCACGGUCCAAAUUACCGUGUUAGAAAAACGGAAAGUUAAUCCGAGGGCUCGUAUUGUAGCUGGGCUUGUUUGAUCAACAUAGAUAGAUUUUAGAAAAGCAUAUAUAUUACUCUCUCUGUUCCACAAUAACCGUCUCUUUUUAAAAAUAUUUUUGUUCCGUUUUA